AUUUGGAGGAUAAAUCAUAUAUAUUUUUUGGUGAUCAACAUUUUUAUUUAAUUGAAUAUAACAACUAGUGUACAUAAACCAAUACUCAGUUGCUAACGAACAUACUCAUUAUUCUUUUUUUGUUUUAUUGACAAAAUAUUUCAACAAUACAGCAUAAAUAUCUCAAACAUACAAUUAUUAUUAAAUAUAAAUGGCUCAGAACAAAGCAGCAUACAUAAACAAGAUCUCAAAUCAGAAUAAGAGACAAAAAGAAAAGAGAAAUAACAGUAAACAACGUUGCACAAGAGUAAAUAUAUAAUAUAUAAACAUAUUUUCCUUAAAAGAAAAGAACAGGGAUAUAUAAUAUAGCUUGCAUUUUCUAAGAAAAAUACAUUUACACAUUAAGGUCUUUAACCUUUUAAAAAUGUGUUCUAAAACAUUAAAUAAGACAUGGACUUUGGGCAUUUUAAUUUCUUUUAAAGUAGUCUUCCACAUGUAUUUCAUUUUUGAAACCAACAAAAACUGGGGGCACUGUCAAAAAAUGACAUUUAUGUAAAUACGAUUUUGCUAAUAUUAUUAAAGUACUAAUACUAAAUUCUGCUUUUUACAUACUUAUUACUUCUGUACAUCCUUACACUGUAAUAAGGAACAUUUUUUGCUGAAUUAAGAAAAAGAAAAAAUGAAUUAAAAUAAAAUAAAUAAUAAAUACUUAAGUUAAAAAUCUAAAUACAAAUAUGAUAAUAAAUCAACCCUAACCACCCUGGUCCAAAGUCCAAAAUAAGCCAUUAUUUACAAUAUUGUUAGAGAUGUUCAAUAAAAGACUCCCAUAACUCAAUUGUGAUACUCCGUGUCUUCUGUACUCCAUCAAUAGAAAGUUCUAGUUGAGCUACAUCCACGAACAUGGGAGGAAAAUGUAUUCAAAAUUUGCACAAACAAAAAAAAGAAUUGCCUUAAGAAACAGAACAUUUAGAAGAAAAUAAUGUAACUUUGCUGAUCUAAACGAUACGUCUGAACUGAAUUGUAUAUCAUAGUCUGUGUCAUGACCUAACAUGUAGGGUGUGAUACUGUCUUGAUCUGGCUCUGUUGUGACUUUCUGCUAACUGCUAAUUUUAAUUGUUUUAUUUUUUAUUUUACAGAUUGGAGCAUUUCACCUGGUUGUCAUGACAACUGCCCCCUUAAAAACAGGUAACCAUGGCAGCUAGUUGUUUGCAGAGGGUUUGGUGAAGGUGAAGGUGAGAUGAAGGAGACCUCAGAAUGUCCAGAAUGACCCUCUGCCGCGAGCCGCACCGUCUCCUGGUCCUCAUCCUCGUCCUCUUGUCUCCGCUGAGCUGGGGUCAGUUCAGCGGCCAGUAUGACGCGUGCCGCUCCAACCUGGGAGCAGUGCCCGGAUGGGAGCUUUAUCCAUGUCAGCCCCCCCCAGCUAACAUGAAGGAGUUUAUGCAGAUCAGAGUUGACCCGCCAGGGAUCACCUGUGGAAACCCACCAGAGAGGUUUUGCACUCUGGAAAACCCAUACCUGUGCAGCGAUGAGUGUGAUGCGUCAAGCCCUGACCUGUCUCACCCUCCUCAGCUGAUGGGAGACAGGGAAAGGGGCGGUCUUAUUACCUACUGGCAGACGGUCACGUGGUCUCGGUAUCCUGAACCUCUACAGGCCAAUGUCACUCUGUCCUGGAACAAAAGUCUGGAGGUGGUCGAUGACAUAGUUAUCACCUUUGAGUAUGGCCGACCAACAAGCAUGGUUCUGGAGAAGUCACUGGACAAAGGUGUUACUUGGCAGCCAUAUCAAUACUACGCUGAUGACUGUCUAGAGACCUUUGGCAUGUCGCCAAAGCGAGUGUCUGAAUUAGCUCCUAGUAACUUAACCCGAGUAAUCUGCACAGAGCAGUAUUCCCGUUGGGUCGGAGCCAAAGAGGAAAAGAAUGUGGUGUUUGAAGUGCGGGCUCGUUUUGGUGUGUUUGCUGGUGCAAAGCUCAUUAACAUGGAUGCUCUGUACACCCGCAUGGAGACCAUGAUGGGGCUUCGGGACUUCUUUACGUUCACUAACCUUCGACUGCGACUUCUCCGCCCAGCACUUGGAGGAACUUAUGUUCAGAGAGAUAACUUGCUUAAGUACUUCUAUGCUAUUUCUAACAUCGACAUACCAGCCAGGUGCAAGUGUAAUUUGCACGCAUCUCAGUGUGUGCUUCGCGAUGCAACACUGCAGUGCGAAUGUGACCACAAUACAACGGGACAGGACUGUGAGCGCUGCAGAGGAGGCUUCACAUCGAACAGCUGGAGACCAGGAUCUUACCUGCCCCUGCCCUGGGGCUCUGCCAACAUCUGUGAUCAAGCUGAAACUGUAGUCACGGCUGAUGACUCUAACUCAGCAGCAUCUGAUGGACCUUCUGCCUCAUCAGAUGGAAUGACUGACUCUGCUCCCACCACCACGACUGACAUUUUUAGGUCCCCAUCAUCUGUAACUGACAGCAAUACCCCAAUGACUGAUGCAGACACUGCUGGUGGACCUACAAUUACUGCAGUAACUGACAGUACAACUACUUCCCCCUCAACAGAUAGCGUUUCAGUUAUUUUUAUGUACACCAUGACUACUGUUACAAACCCAGCAAGUUCUCCUACGGAAUCAGAUGUAGUCAGUAGUUUUACCAUGACUGACCCGUGGAUUACUGAUGCUGCAGAAACAAAAGGUCCCCUUGAUGUCAUUGAUGUAUCUAACACUGACAACGGUAGGGGUACCAGUACAUCCACACCUGUUUAUAGUUCUACGAAAUAUUUAAUAAGUACUAGUGCUGCAGAUAAAAUUUCUGAAAACGACAUAGACUCUUUUACAAGUUCUGAUAGUGGCAAUGCAGCCUUUACUGGUAUCAGUAGUACUUUAAGUAUUGUAAAUUCAAGUCCAUUUCUUGAUCCAAGCAAUGAAAAUGGACCUUCAUUGAACCCAGUUCCAUCAAGUACCAGUAGUCCUACUCUGGGUACUGGGGACAGCGGGUCUGACUCAGGCAACACCCCUGAUCCCAUUCUUACCACUAGUAUCUCCACUCCAGUUACAACGAGUACUUUAAUCUCAGGCAUCAGUAUUGACGAGGGGGGACCCACGUCUGAUCCAGUGACUCUGGCCAAUUCAGGUCUUGCCUUCUCUGGGACUGAAAAAGCUAUACUGAUGACAACUGUCACUCCACCUUCUGUUGAUUCAGUAUCAACAGCUACUGUUCCAAAUCAAUCAAAAACUCUAGUAACUACCACAACUGGUAUCAAGGUUUCAUCUGGAGAUUUGGCACGUACUGGAUCUGAUUUAACUAGUCAGGUAGAAGAUGCUCCACCUACAACAGGAGCUGAUCCAACUUCUGCUCUUGUUGACUUUGGCAUCGAUAUACCUCGUACAGAUUUACCACUGGGAGAACCAUCCCUGGAAUUACCCCCUCUGGAUGGAUCAACUCCUGAUGUGUCAUCCUCAGAUGUAUCUUCUGAUGUUCCUCCUCUUAGUACCUUACCUCCAGAUUCAGCAUUUUUAGACACCUCUCGUCCAGAAGUUGCACUGACAGAACCAACUCUGGAUUUGCUUCCUUCUGAUAUACCUUCAAUUGUUGUACCAUCCCCUGAUGAACCACCUCCAGAGAUGCCUUUGCCUGAUGCUCCACUCGAAGUACAACCUACUGAUACACCAGCUCCCAGUUUACCUUCUCCAAAAGAAUCUGGGACAAAAGUCACUUUAGUAGACAAACUUCCACCUGAGUCAUCUUUUGUGAUUCCAAAUCCUUCAGUAGACUCAGCAUUUUCAGAAAUUCCUCAAGAGGAGGUACAACCAAAGACGCAAGAUACUGCAACAAAUGUACCCUUUUCCAGUGCACCUGUUUCUGAUGCACUCCCAUUAGAUGUACUUCCACAACUUCCACCCUCCAUAAUUCCUGAAACUUUAACAGCUGUUCCUGUACCUGAUGUACCAGUUCUCACUACACCCUCCUCUCUCAAGCCCUCUCCUGAUGCAGAGUUGUCCUCUAGAACCCUUGAUACCUUAACAAAUACACAGGCUUCUGAAUUACCCCUUAUUGCUGAGGUUCCUCCAGUGGUAGCCUCCCCUGAUGAUCUCCCUCAAGCUCCAAAGGAGACAGAAGAGCUUAUGUUGCCUCCUUCUGGAGGUGGCGACGUGACAACAGGUAUAGUUUCUGCCAUGACGGAGCCUCCGAACCCUGAGAAAAAUCCAAUUAAACCUGAUCAAACACCAGAAUCGAAUAAUUCUGAACAAGUGCCUGGUGGCAAUCCAGAAUCUCAGAGGGAAGGAGAUCCUUCUAAGGAGAAAUCAGCUGGAGCAAAAACAGAAGAACAACCUGAAGAAAAGGAAGAAUCCAUUGAAAAGAAAGCGGGAGAGCAAAAGGAAGAAAAAGGUACUGAAAAAAGUUUUAAAGUAAAAGAAAAAGCAGUUUUGAAAAGCUUUAUUGUGGAAAUGCAUUCUAACACUUUUGGAAUAAACUGUCAAUGUCUCUGAAGAGAAAACUAAGGAGAAAAAAGAAG